GUGUGACCAUUCGAAAACUUUUCUUUAAGUGGCACCUGGAGAGUCUGCGGCUGCUGCGCAUAAAUACUCCUCCCUCUGAGGACGAGUUCAGUCCUGAGGGAGACGCUCACACACCAAGAUAAGGUUUUUGGGGAACCUGUGACAGUGUGGAUUAUGAACGCUUUUGGACACCAACCAUCGAGCCAGCAGCAGACCAGCCCUCUUCAGCACCACAGCGCGCAGGAGCUCCUGGACAUGGCCGUGUACUGCGACAACUACGGUGUGUACCAGCAGAACCUGCACCACCAUCACCCGCAGAGGCCGGCCACGCACGCCUCCACUUACGGCCUCGGAGAGUACACGUCCCCGUCCGCGAACCCCUACCUGUGGCUGAACGGACCCGGCAUCAACUCCUCUCCGUAUCUGCCCGGGAACAACAGCGCGUCCUACAUUCAGUCCGGAUACGGGUCGAACCACCAGAGGCAGUUCUUACCUCCUCCCACCGGCUUCGGUGGAGCAGACCUGAGCUGGUUGUCCAUCUCCAGCCAGCAGGAGCUCUUCAAGAUGGUCCGGCCUCCUUACUCCUACUCUGCCCUGAUCGCCAUGGCCAUACAGAACGCACAGGACAAGAAGUUGACUCUGAGUCAGAUCUAUCAGUAUGUGGCUGAUAACUUUCCUUUCUACAAGAAGAGCAAAGCUGGCUGGCAAAACUCAAUCCGACACAACCUGUCACUGAACGACUGUUUCAAGAAGGUGGCGCGGGAUGAGGAUGACCCCGGUAAAGGAAACUACUGGACGCUUGACCCCAACUGUGAGAAGAUGUUCGACAACGGGAACUUUAGGCGCAAGAGGAAAAGGAGAGCUGACAUAAGCGGAGCCGACACCAACUCUCUGCCCGUCAAGUCAGAAGACGGCGGCGCACACAAACUCUCAGACACCGCCAGCCUGCUGAGCUCGUCCCCGCCCAGCCUGCACGGCUCCCCGGCCUCCACUGACCCCAAGUCGUCGCCGUCUCCCUCCGCCGAGCACAGCCCGUGUUUCAGCAGCUUCGUGUCCAGCGUGAACUCGCUGCUGGCGGCCAGCGGCGGCGGCGGCGGCACCGAGGGCUCCCGCGCCGCAGAGCGGGACUACAGCAGCGCGAACCUCGGGGGAUUGUCCCACAACAGAGAGGGCAUGUCCGGACUGGGCUCCUACUCGCCCACUUUAAUCUCCGCUCCUUUGAACUCUGAAAACAACAGAAUGAACUAUUACACUUCAGUACAGAGCCUCUCCAACCAUUUCAGUGUUAAUAACCUCAUAUACAGCCGGGAAGGAACUGAGGUGUAGACGCUCUGUCUGAACUCUCCAAGUUUCUCACUGUACUGGAUGAUAAACUGCUGCCUUUAACUCAAGUUAAACAUCAGAAAACAUUUCAGUGUGACAG